AUGUCUCGCUACGCAGCAGCCCACGCCAAUCCUCAGGGCCCUGGCGACGCCAGACCAACUGCACUGCAGAUCAUCCAAGACGAAGGUGUCGAGGGCAAGCUAGGCGACAAGGUCAUCGUCAUCACGGGCACCUCGUCCGGAAUUGGAAUCGAAACAGUUCGGGCGCUCUCGGUCACUGGGGCGAAGCUUUUCCUGACGGCUCGCAAUCUCACCAAAGCAAAGGAAGCCCUGGCAGGCAUCUUCGACCCCAGCCGUAUGGAGCUUGUCGAGAUGGACCAAGAGUCGCUGCAAAGUGUCCGUCUCGCAGCUAGUACCAUCUUGUCUAAGACGGACAAGAUCAAUAUCCUCAUCAACAAUGCCGGAAUCAUGGCUAUCCAAACUCUUCAGUACACCAAGGACGGGCACGAGCUCCAGUUCGGCACCAAUCAUUUGUCUCACUUUUUGUUCUUUGAGCUGCUGAAGCCCGCCUUGCUAGCGGCUACUACGCCAGAGUUCCACAGCCGUGUGGUUGUUGUGUCUUCGACCGCACAUCUGAGGAAUGGCAUCAACGACUCGGACGACUACAACUUCGAAAAGAGCGAAUACACCCCUUGGGGGGCCUAUGCGCAGUCCAAAACCGCCAAUAUCUACAUGGCCAACGAACUGGAGCGGCGGUAUGGCUCUCAGGGCCUUCACGGACUAAGCCUUCACCCUGGCGGGAUCAUGACCCCUCUCGCAAAGCAUCUUUCAAAGGCCGAGUUGGAAAGCGCCGCAAGUGGCGGAGAGCUGUACAAGGAGUUCAAAAGCCCUGAGCAAGGAGCUGCAACCACUGUCUUGGCAGCUAUUGGAAAGGAAUGGGAAGGAAAGGGGGGGAAAUACCUCGCCGAGUGCGCCGAGGCAGGUCCCUCAAAGGACGAGGGUAACCCCUUCGGCUCGGGGUAUGCCAAGCAUACAUACGAUCAGGAGAAGGAGGGUCGCCUGUGGAGAGACUCGCUCAAGCUUGUGGGGCUGGCUUAA